UUGGCAUUUGAUUGGCUUGGAGUAAGGGCAGUAAGACCUCUAGCACUGAUCUGAAUUGCUGAAUAUAGUACCACCAUGGAAAAAAACAUGAGUGAUCUUUCACGGAGCAAAAGUGCAUCUGAGGAAACACUGCACUCAAGAAGUGAGGGAGAAGACCCUUUUCGAGGAAUGGAGCCUUACUUAGUACGUAGACUUUCCUGUCGUAAUGUCCAGCUUCCUCCACUGGCCUUCAGACAGCUGGAGCAAGCAGAUUUGAAAAGUGAAUCUGAGAACCUACAAAGGCCCACCAGUCUUCCACUGAAGAUUCUUCCACUGAUUGCUAUCACAUCUGCAGAGUCCAGUGGGUAAGUGGCAAUGGCAAA